AUGGCUGUUGCUUUUAGUGAAUCUAAAAAUCAUAGUGAUCGUGAAAGGUGGGUCUGUAUUUAUCCACUGUACAUAAACAGUAAAAAAUCUCGCGCAGAGGGACGUAAGCUGCCAAAGUCAAAAUGUGUUGAGAACCCAACUCACCAGGAGAUCAGGGACGUCCUUCUGGCAGCUGGAUUGAAAGUCGGUGUAGAAAACAAAUUACAUCCCAAAGAGCGGAGCAAAGAAUUGCUGUACCGAGGACGUAUACGUGUGCAAUUAAAAAAUGAUGAUGGCACGCCAGUUAACCCAGAUUACCCUACCCGAGACUCGCUGAUGGGUUACGUUGGGACAAGCAUCCCCAAUCUGAAAACACGCCAGGGUAAACAGAGCUCUAGUGAACCUCAGCAGUCUUCCUCGACGGCUAAAAAAGGCAAAGGCAAAGGCCGUAGAUGA